CCGGCAUGAGCGCGGCUUUCCAGCCCUCGCUGAUGAUGAUGCAGCGCCCGCUGGGAAGCAGCACGGCCUUCAGCAUCGAUUCGCUCAUCGGCAGCCCCCCGCCGCCCGCCCCCGGCCACUUCGUCUACACCGGCUACCCCAUGUUCAUGCCGUACCGGCCCGUCGUGCUCCCCCCCCCGCCGCCCGCCCUGCCGCAGGCCGCCCUGCAGCCUCCGCUGCCCCCCGCGCCGCCCCCGCCGCUGCCCGCAUUGCCCGGAGCCUUCUGCCCUGGGCUGGCGCAGGGCAUGGCUCUCACCUCCACGCUGAUGGCCGCGCUGCCCGGCUCCUUCCCCGCCUCCCCGCCGCGCCCCGAGGCCGCCAGGAAGUUCGCCCCCCCGGGGAACUUCGACAAGGCCGAGGGAUUGCCCCCCCCGGACGGCGGCGGCGGAGACGACGGCAAAACCGGGGGGGGACUGCUGCCCUUCCCCGCUGCCGACGCCGUGCACGCAUCGCUGGCCGGGGCCCUCCGCGGCGGCCCCAAAGACGAUCCCAAAGCGGAGGAGGAGGCGAAGGGCCGCGAGGAGAACUUCUCCAUGGACAGCGACCUCGACUACAGCUCCGACGAGAACGGCCCCGCGCCGGCGGCCCCGCGGGAGGAGGACUGUGGUACCGCGUUGGAGGAAAACCCCCCCAGCGCCGCCAACGCCGCCGCCAACGCCGCGGCCACGGGGAAGAACCGACGGCGACGGACGGCGUUCACCAGCGAGCAGCUGUUGGAGCUGGAGAAGGAGUUCCACUGCAAGAAGUACCUCUCGCUGACGGAGCGCUCGCAGAUCGCUCACGCCUUGAAGCUGAGCGAGGUGCAGGUGAAGAUCUGGUUCCAGAACCGGCGAGCCAAAUGGAAGCGGGUGAAAGCGGGCAACGCCAGCUCCAAGGCGGGGGAGCCCUCUCGGAACCCCAAAAUCGUGGUACCCAUCCCGGUGCACGUCAGCCGCUUCGCCAUCAGGAGUCAGCACCAGCAGCUGGAGCAGGCGCGGCCCUGA